CUUGGAUUUAGUAUACGACGCCCCCUUCCAUUGGAUACACCACAUGGACACCACAUCCGCCGUCGCUGCCGCCGUAGUCCCCGCCGCGGCAGACUCGCUGCCUAAUGAGACUCUAUAUGUACGUAACCUAGACGACAAGAUCAAGGAGCCUCGCAUGAAGGAGAGCCUCUACGGUCUAUUCUCCGCGCACGGCAAGGUGCUGCAAGUGCUGGUGAUGAAGGCGCACCGAUUGCGCGGCCAAGCGUGGGUCACAUUUGAGGACGUGGCGGCGUCCAGCACGGCGUUGCGGGCAUUGGACGGCACGAGCCACUUUGGGAAGGUCAUGAACGUCCAGUUCGCCAAGGAGAAGAACGACCUGAUCCGAUCGCAACAAGAGCCGAACUCAAAGCCCCGGGAGAAGCGAAAGUGGGAACAACAUGUAAAGGAAACGAAACCCACCAAAAAGACAGACAAGCCGACCCAGCCCAAGCCACAGCAGCAGCAGCACCACCACCAGUCCCAGGCACUGGUGCUUCCCCACAAGAUCCUAUUCCUGCAAGACGUGCCCGAAGCGUGCAACCAAGACGCCCUCAGUAUCCUCUUCAAGCAGUACCAUGGGUUCAAGGAAGUGCGCCUUGUGCCAGGGAAGAAGGGAUUGGCGUUUGUCGAGUUUUUGGACGAAGUCCAAGCGUCGAUUGCGCUGCAGGGGCUCAAUGGGUUCAAGUUGAGUGCGGACGAACGACUUAAGGUUAGCUUUGCCAAGAAGUAAACCCAUCAAUAGUUAUCAAGUGGUUGAUUGAGUUGUCAAGUGGAAUUUCAUGGUAACGAUACUAUUAUUAAUAC